UACAUAUCCUCCAAAGGGUUUAGUUAGUCAUGGGUGCCUACAAGUAUAUCGAGGAGCUCUACAAGAAGAAGCAGUCGGAUGUCUUCCGUUUCUUGCUCCGUGUCAGAUGCUGGGAGUUCAGACAAAUGAACGUCAUCCAUCGUGCAUCCCGUCCUUCCCGCCCCGACAAGGCUCGUCGUCUCGGUUACAAGGCCAAGCAGGGCUUUGUUAUCUACCGUAUCCGCGUCCGUCGUGGUGGUCGUAAGAGACCCGUCCACAAGGGUGCCACCUUCGGUAAGCCCGUCAACGAGGGUGUUAACCAGCUCAAGUACCAGCGUUCCCUCCGCUCCACCGCUGAGGAGCGUGUUGGUCGCAAGUGCGCCAACCUCCGUGUCUUGAACUCUUACUGGAUCAACCAGGAUGCCACCUACAAGUACUUUGAGGUCAUCCUUGUCGACCCCUCCCACAAGGCCAUCCGUCGUGAUCCCCGUAUCAACUGGAUCGUCAACGCCGUUCACAAGCGUCGUGAGGCUCGUGGUCUCACUGCCAUCGGCAAGAAGAGUCGCGGUAAGGGCAAGGGCCACCGCUUCACCAAGACCAAGGGUUCCGGUCGCACUGCCAACUGGAAGAGACGCAACACUCUUUCCCUCACCCGUUACCGUUAAAGGUCUCGGCAUUAGCGCCAACCUUAAUGUUAUAUUUUCGUUUGUUUUCUCACUCGAUAUUUUCUGUACUGAAUACACGACAUUGGUGAACUCAAACUAUUGGUUAUUAUU